CUGUAGCAGGAACGGGGAAUGCGCCAAGGCUGGACCGGUGUCUUGAUUGAGCGACGGCGCUGUUAUGGCGUUGCUGCUCUGCCGAUAUCGUGCAUGCCUUUUCAAACACGUGUCACAUGGCGGGAACGCAUUUCCAGCCCUUACUGGACGCUCAGGCCUCGUCAGUCGGAGUCGUGCAGGGGUUUCUCCCCUGCACACGGUGCGAGUGAAGGUCGAGCAGUCCGCUGGCGGAGGGAAUUAUUUGAGUUUUGUUAGACGCCCGAGAGCCAUUGGAAGCCCGAAGCACCUUCAUUGAAAAGUGCCCUGUUGACAUCGUCGCGAGCUUGAAGAAUGAAACUCAGGGUUUUUGAAUAGGCGCAGAGCAAAUUUUCGGAGAGAAGAUGCGCCGUCUUCGUCUUGUGUACACUGAAGUGCACACUCCUUCUACAGGUCUCGGCAGCGAUUGAGCUUCAGGCGGUGCAAUGUUCGGGAGAGUCUCCAUGGCGUCUUGCAUGAAAUCGGCGUUCGCUUUACCCGCAUGAGCUCUGUCUUUGCCGGGCGUCCUUAUGGCUUCCAGAAGUCGACUUUACGCCCGCUUCUGGUUCGGCAACCUAACUAGCUUGCUGUUGAACGGUAUCGGCGUUACGACUGCGAGCAGUGGUAUCUGUAUUAGUCGUGUCGGUUUGUGUGAGCAUCACUGCAUUAUCCGGCUUGUUGUACAUCGGAAUUGGCGGAUUUCUCGCUACGAUCUUUCUGGUGUUUACUUAGGUUGUGUAUUACAUAUGUACGAUUCCUGACAUGAUGUGAGCAACUUACGUGAACGGGUCAGGCGAGGGAGCAAAACAAGACCAGAAGAAGACGAUACGAGUGUCAUCUCAGUGAGGAUGCGCGAGUCGUGUGGAUGCGCUAGCUCUUCGCCCGCGCAUUCCGACUCACUCAUCUUCAAAGGAUAUUCACAGCUGACGACCGGCUCUUGCUUGACGAUUCUUGGCCGCUGAAGGUAGAGAACGUAGACUGUCAUGCGAGGAACCGCUCAAACUGAAGGUUUACCCACUGAAGGGGAUUCGAUUGUCGACGUUUGCUAGCGUAGAUCUCUUUUAUACGCAGCGCUGGAAAAGUCUACCUUUGCCGAAGUCGUCAGCAAACUCAAGGAAUCAUUUUAAGAAGUGCUCGUAUAAGUCUACCUCUGGCAGGUCUACGACCCAUGCUUGAGGACGGGCUCGCGCACUUACACUACAAUGAAGCGGGGGCCAUGUUUCGUGAAGCGGUGAUCGCAUCAGAAUUGGUUGAUGCCGGAGGAGGAUCCGGAGGCAGUCAGAACUCACCAGCCCUGUCUGGAAUCGAAGCUGCCAAGGUAGGGUAUGGUCUUAGAUAUCUGGGGACCAGCUCAGUUCUGUGCCGGUGUUCAUCAUUGAGGACCCUCAGGUCAGCUGUAAAUCGCUUGCGACAGCAAGCGAUUUGCAGCUAACCUCAGGGUCCUCAAUGAGUUGAGCAAGCUCUCAACUAUUACAACGCCGUAGCAAAGUAUCUUCGGGCAUGACUUCUGUGAAGGCAUGGUCGGCAAUAACUUCUGGUCGACCUAUUUCGCUGAUCUCAAAUUUGAAAGCUGGAAAACAAGCGCUUCAGAAGCUGAGGAGCCUUCGAAUGUCUCAAGAAAAAGCGACUGAAUAAUGCCCGUUUACCUCGAUGGAGCACUUUGUUGAAAGGUACUCGCUAGAGUUCGUCUGGACGAAACGGAAUCCAGUUGUGAGAAAUCUACUGCAGCAUCUACCAACCCGGUUGUUCAUAUUUGUCCAUAGAAGAAGGAUAAGGAUAAAUCUGCCCGCUGGCUAUAUCGGAAUCGUGGUAUGCAAUGCCUGUGCUGUCAGCAGCGAGACAUAAAUCAGAACGAGAUCACUGACGCAUGUUGCAAGCCUGAUUUGGAAAGCUAACUCCGUGCCAGAAGCCCUCUUCCACUGCACUUUGCCAUGGAGUGAACAUCAGCGGGGAACUAGCACUCGACCUCACCUCACUCGCCUCGUCCGACCCAUGCCGGACGGCGUCAAGGCCUCGGAAUCGGAAGGCUCCCUCAGUCCCAUGUCGCUCUCUCUCUCGCACUCGGGCUCGCUCCCGGGGCGCAAAUUGCAAAUUCUCACGCCAAAUCGACGACUUUCGAAGGCUCCAUUCUCGUCCGACUCGAUCGCAGGCUGACACAAAUAAGUCCUCGGGGGGCAAUCGAUGCGAAGAACCCUCGAAAGCUUGUGCCUGCCCCUACCGGUCGGUGUCGCACUUCCGUUCCAAGAUAGCGGGGCCUCUAACUUGACUCUCUUGGGAUCUUCCCCUACGACGCGGUCUUCAACUAAAGUAGGGUGAAGGAUAAGCAGUGAAAAAUGAAGGCUAGUUAUCUUUCACUUUUGGGAUGAUUAGUGAAGGCUAAUUAUCUUUUGGAAGUGUGUGAGAAGGACCCUUGUUUACUUUUAAUGAUAAUGUUAUAAGAAUCACAC